AGAUUUAUUAACGCUCAGACUCAAACUCACACAACAAAUCGAUCAGAAUGAGUACUAUGAAAUUUUGUCGAGAAUGCAACAACAUUCUCUACCCAAAGGAAGACAAGGAUCAGAAGAUCCUCCUUUACGCUUGUCGAAACUGCGAUCACCAGGAGGUUGCUGAUAACAAUUGUGUGUAUAGAAAUGAGAUACAUCACUCUGUUGGUGAGCGCACUCAAGUCUUGCAGGAUGUAGCUGCUGAUCCAACUCUACCUCGAACUAAAUCUGUUCGAUGUACUCAGUGCAACCAUGGAGAAGCUGUGUUCUUCCAGGCAACUGCUAGAGGAGAGGAAGGAAUGACACUAUUUUUUGUUUGCUGCAACCCUAAUUGUGGCCAUCGUUGGAGAGAUUGAUUAACAUGUGGAUGACAUUGACCGAGGUUCUUAAAGUGGGUGGACGUGUAAAGUUUUAAUUUGAUA